AUGGCGCGAGACGCCGUCGUCGAGCGCCGGUCGUCGGCGCGCGCGACGCCGCGCGUCGCCGCGCGCUCGGAGAGCCGCGCGGGACAUCGCUCGCGUCGGCUGGAACGGCGAGACGGACGCGCGGGCGCGGCGACGUCUCUCGGGUUUCGACGGGCCCGCGACGUCGCGAACGAGGACGGAAUCGAGCGGUGCGAGUGGAACGCGUCGUCGGAGGCGAUGUCGCGAAGCGUGCUGGACGCGGCGACGACGCGGGCGGUGGCGAAGGUGGCGGCGCUUCGCGCGGCGAACGGCGACGACGAAGAACGACGCGCGGCGGUGGAGGAUGCGCUUCGCGCCGUAGAUCUCGUGGCGUCGAGCGCGAAGGAGGAAGUAAAGUCGGCGAUGCGCUCGGUGAAGCGAGGGCGCGCGCGGGCGAAGGAGCUACGUGAGGAACUCGCGAGGGAGACGCGGCGGAGCGUAAAGGCGGAGACGGACGCGCGAGAGUUGCGAUGCGAUUUGGAAUGCGCGCGCACGGCGUCGACGUGCGUUGAUGUAGACGGCGCGAGUCGUAUUACGGCGUCUGAUGACUCGAAUGGUCUAGGGCACACCGACGACGACGACGAUUCGCGCGUGCGGCGCGCGUCGCAGUCGUCUAGCGAAUGCGCGAGCGCGUCGCCGCGUACCGAACGCGAACUGAGCGAGGUAGCGUCAUCUUUAGGGGACGCAGACGUGGUCGCGAGCCUUCCCGUAUUCGUUACAGACUUAAAUCGGGAAUGUGGCGGUGAAACCGGGACUGCGGUCGCGGGACGCGAUCGACACGUUGAUGACGACGACGCGCGGUUCUUCGCCGAUACGGAGGCGUUGGAUUCGCCGACGACACAUCGUUUGGCGACACUCAUAGCGAUUGAGUUAGCUCUGAGCUAUGACUCAAGCAUGGACGUUUCGCAUCGUGUUCGCGAGUUCUUUUACAAGCGACACGGCUCGCGGACUCUCGGUGACAAACACCACCAAAUGUUCACGAAGGCGCUCGCGACGAUCAACGCGCAGAGCGAGUGGGUGCAGACUUUCACACGAUUCAAAGAGCUCGACGCGUUCGAACUCGAGCGAGUGAUGUCGACCAUUCGAUUCACACAGCAUGUAUUGAUUGAGUCACCGCAAACUGCGCCGGUAUUAGGCGUUGAAGAGGCGACGCGUUCGCUGGCACACUUGCUGGCUCCCGUUCUUGGCGAAGCGGCUCCGUCGACGGAAGACGUCGACGUCAUCCGGCGAAGUGCGACGCAUCGAAACGGAAUAUCGCGCGUCUCAUUCGCGCUCGUCAUAGAAAGGGGGCUCGUCGGUAUUGUGCGUGCGCGGACAUUCGCGCGCGAGGCCAUCGCAGCGACGUUCGCCAAGCGGCAUCCGUAUGGAACCUUGGCGCAUCACCCGGCGCUCGUGAAAACACUCAGCGAAGCGUUCAAGAGCGCGGGUGCGAUCGCGCGCGCGAUGCUGAACGACGACGACAUGAUUGAUCGCGUCGCUGCUGACAUCGCUCGGCGAGAUGCCUCGACGCAAGAUUUCGUCACGCUCGAGUGCUUCGUCGACGUCGCCUCGCGCGAACUCGAGCGAUCGGGAGUUUCCAAAGCCUCCGACGUCGUAACGCCGCUUCGACCGCAUACAGGACCAUCGCCACCAAAAGUCGCGUCGAAUUCAAUUCGACUCGUCAGCUCGCUCGCGCUCGUGGCGCACGCCUGGAGCAUGGCCGCCGCCGUCGUCGAUCGCUGGCUUCAGAAAUGCGCCGCCGACGCGCGCCGUCCCCCGGCGCCGACCGCGGUCCAUCGCACCGCACCAUCCAUCGCGACCGGCGCGUCACGCGCACCAAAUCCCCCGAAUCCACCCUUACCCCAACCCAUCGACGCCUCCAAGCGUCGUCUCAUCAAGCGUCACGUCGGCCGGCUCGCCAAGCUUCGCGCCACCGCCGACUUCGCCGUGCGCGCCGCGCAAUCGCUCGCCCGUCGCGCCGACGCGACCAGCGACGUCGACCGCGCGUGGCAAACGUACGCGUCGACCGUGUGCGCGUUCGAAGCCGCGUUUUUAGCGCGCAGGCGUUCCCUCGGCGUCGUCGAAGGCGCGCUCGCCGACUGUUGGCGCCCACAUUGA